AUGAAUACCAGGCCGGCCAUCGAGAGUGAAAGCUCGAGUGUGGCCCUCUCGGCCAGCUUCAACCAUGAUGCCAGCUGCUUCUCUGUUGGACUCAAUACUGGCUUUUGUAUUUUCAACUCUGAGCCUUGCCAACUCCGGGUCUCUCGAGAUUUCAACGCUGGUAUAGGUGCUGCUCAAAUGCUUGGGAAGGCCAACUUCAUCGCACUUAUCGGAGGUGGACGGCAGCCAAAAUUUCCGCAGAACAAAGUCAUCAUAUGGGAUGAUGCAAAACAGCAGGUUGCUAUCCAGAUACCGGUUCUCACGACUGUUCGUGGCGUACGAUUAUCGCGAACACAUGUCAUCGUUGCACUACAGAAUAGCGUCCGCGUCUACAAAUUCAAAAGCCCACCGGAGCUGUGGUCCGUCUUCGAAACUGCCGACAACCCCUUGGGUCUGUGCUGUCUAACGCCAACAUCUCUUGCUUUCCCUGGGAGAACACCGGGACAGGUCCAGCUCGUUGAGCUCUCUACGGGCAAUGGGACCUUGAUACGAGUAUUUGCAACCAGCAACUGUGCCCGUAUUGCCGAGUUGAGGCGUGGUGUGGACCAUGCAACUAUCUUCUCACUGUCGAUUGCUCCAUCUGGGCAGCUGCUGGCAGUCACUUCUGAUAAAUCAACGCUUCACGUCUUCGACAUCCCUCACCCUUCCAAACCACCGAGAACUGAAGCCCCGACACUAAAUCGGAGAUUGACCACCAUGGGUGGUGGAGGAGGGAGCCCAGGGCCAAGUGAUGUGGACACCAGCCAGAAAUGGGGGAUCCUGGGUCGCAUACCUCUUUUGCCAAGAGUCUUCUCAGAUGUGUACUCGUUUGCUUCAGCACAUUUCGAGAUCGGUGACGAACUGCUUUAUGGAAGUUCGACUCCACUGAACAGCGAUGCAGCAUUUCGCCCCCCAAAAGGUAUUUUGGGAUGGACUAGUGACCAUAGUAUCAUAGUGAUUGGAGCUGGACGAGACGGAAGAUGGGAGAAGUUUGUUAUUGCUGAAGGGGAGGAUGGUCGGCGGUAUUGUGUGAGGGAUGGAUGGAAACGGUACCUUGGGGCGAAUUAG